AAUCAUUUAUCUGACUUUGGCACCUGGAUUUGAAGACAGAAAAUUGAAAUUAAUUGAAGUUUCGUUUUUGAAGAAGGACGAAAGUUGAAAUACGAAGGUUAGAAAUUAGUGUUUAGUAAUCGACUGCAGACAGCAAAAAGUUGCAUUCUGUAAGACGUUACAGUAGUUUUCAGUUAUUCAGAAUAAAUUUAUAACCGCUCUACCGCGGAGAAAAUUCAAAUCAUGCAGCAGUUAACAAUUUUCAUGGAUAUUGAAAGUUCUCGCUCGUAUAUCGACGAAUUAUAUUCUGCGGACGAGACGAAGAUUUUAGAGGCUCUAAUUGCGUUGAAGAAUUCAGUUAUAGGCAGUAACCGCCAGAAGUCUUCGGUUAUUCAACAAGGCAUAGUACCAAGGCUGCUCCAGUUAAUGUCUGAGCAGAACUGGGAUCCUAACAUUAGAUUAGAGGCCACUAUUACUAUUGGUUCCUUAGCAAAAGGCACAUCAGAUAAUGUUACUGCAUUAGUUGAACAAGGUGCAGCAGUGGCUCUUGUGGAGAUAUUGAAAGAUGUGCCAAUAGGAACAAAAUUGGCUGAAGCAAGCCUUUGUGCUUUAAGAAGUAUAUUCCUUAAUCCUCCGGCACCAAUAUCUGCCUUGCCAUCUGAGAUGAGACUACUGUCACGGUUGACUCUCAAGAAAUUUGUUACAGAAAUAGCAAGAGAGGGCUCACCUACCGCACGUGCUUGUGUAGUCCGUAUACUAUCAAUAUGGUGUGGAGGUCCUAUAGAACAGGAAGCAUUAUGCGCUGCAGGUGCUUGUAAUGCAAUAGCAGCACUGCUGGCACCUAAAGGCACAUCACCUCCACCUUUAGCAAGAGCCUUGCCGGCAUUGGAUUUGUUAGCUGCAAUGUGUUUUGAAAAUGCUAAUGUUUCUCAAGUUGCAUUGAAUACUAGAUAUGGAGACAAAACGAUUCCUGAACUUUUGACUCUCCUAGUGUCAAGAGAUAAACCUUUGCCUGUAGCGAUGGGUGCUGCCCGUUGUCUUACUUUUAUACAUAGAGCUGGAGCAAUACCAGCUGAUGAUAGCAGAGUGGUAUUUGGGGCGCUGCCAUGCCUUGCUCGACUUUGUACCAAAGACAUGCCCGAAGACAUUAGAGCAACGGCGGCUGAAACGCUGGCGUAUUUGGCCGAAGUAGACACAUCACUCCAAAGACUAGCUGCGAUAUCAAAUCACCUCAUGACCUCGCUCGCGGACAUAGUAAAUUGUCCGUCGCCAGCGGCGAAGCAGGGCGCUUUCAAAUGUUUCGCCUCACUCGGCGCAAACGCAGAGGAUAUUAGGAAAAGAAUUAUCGAAACGCAUGGUUUAAUGGUUCAUGUCGUUAACGGAAUGAAUAAUCCGGAACCGUCGGUAAGGUUAGCGGCGGUCCGAUGUCUCCAUUCUCUCUCGAGAUCCGUCCAACAGUUGAGAACAACAUUUCAGGAUCACUCAGUCUGGCGCCCCCUGAUGCAGCUGUUAAGUGAGUCUCCAGGCACCGAACUCCUCACAGUUGGCUCAUCGACCCUCUGCAACCUACUGCUGGAAUUCUCACCCGCCAAGGAGCCCAUGUUAGAUCAAGGCGUCGUAGAGAUGCUUUGUAACCUAACGAAGAGGCCGGAAGCGGCGCUUCGCCUUAACGGAAUAUGGGCACUUAUGAAUAUGGCUUUUCAGGCGGAACAAAAGGUGAAGCAACGAAUAUUAAGCUGUUUGGGCACAGAGCAAAUGUUCCGUCUCUUAGGUGAUAGUGAUACACGUGUUAUUAUGAAGACUUUGGGUUUAUUACGCAACUUACUGUCGACGAGGCAACAUAUUGAUGCUAUUAUGAGCGAAUUCUCUUCGCAGGUCAUGCAGGCUGUGAUAGUGGUAUUAGAAGGUUCAUAUCCGGCGGAAGUGAAGGAACAAGCGUUAUGCAUACUCGGUAAUAUCGGGGAUGGAGAGAAAGCAAAGGAUUUUAUUAUGGCCAAUGAAGAUGUUCUCAGAAAGUUGGUGGAUUAUUUGGCGCAUCCUGAGAGCAAACUCCAAGAAGCGGCCUUGUUCGUUGCCGGCAAUUUGGUCUGGAAAGGCGAAGCCGGGUGUGCGGCGAGGCAAGCGAGGCUCGCGGAGUUGGGCGUUCUUCGGGCGCUUAAACUCCUGCGACAAAGGCCGGAUGCCGCACAUCUGCAUGAUAAAGUCAAAACCGCCCUGGCACAAUUCAACGAGUUGACAUAAGCUUUAUAUGUUGUGAAGUUUUGUUUCUCCCUGUUACUUAGUCAUCAAGUCAUACUAGUUUUAUUUUGACCUCUAGUACCUACUUCAUUAAUAUAAACUGAAUCAGUCUGAACAAUAUUCUUUCGUCUCUUUCUGUCAAACUAUGUUAACGCUGUGAUGAAAAGGGACGUUUCUAUAUACCGAAUGUAUAUCUGAUCAAAGAUAGAAAAUCACAACUUACUAAAUGAUUUAUAGUUACCAAGAUUAGCUUAGGUCUUAUAUGGGUAGGCUUCAACAGUUUUAUAUUUCUUCCAGUUUAUUAGGAAAAUUAUAAUAUAAUAUAUUCUAUAUAUAAUAAGUAUCUAAUCGAUACUUAAAACGUAUAUAAUAUAUUCUAUAUAUAAUAAGUAUCUAAUCGAUACUUAAUGUAUCGGUAUACUAUAAAGAUGUGGUACAAAAUAUACGUGUAUUUUUAAGAUUUUAAAAACGUAAGAGUGGAUAAGAAAAAUUGCAAGAACGUCUUGUUUUGUUAUUUUUUGAUAGACUGUGCCUAAAGAUAACCGGCAUGGUGGUUAUGCGUACUAUACGUAUUUUUUAAAUUGUUUCAUGUUAAGUAUCAAGACUAUGGAAUUAUAAUGACUUGAAUAUUAACAGUGUUGUUAACAUAACAAAAAGGUUUUCCCACAAUCCUUCUACAUACUUCUGCAUAAACUACAAAAAAUAGAAAGUGGAGUCGCUUAUAACUAUACUACGAAGUGAUUUUAUGAAAGGAUAUAGAUCUUUUACAUUGAGACAAUCCUUUGGGAUUUAAUGUUCCUAAUUUAUUACGAUCCUAAACUAAUUAAAUAAAGAAUUAAAAAAAACUCACACACGACGAUAGUUUGAUUAUUUGUUCGACUAGAUUAAAUCCGGUAUUCAUAAUUAAUAAGUUCA